AUGUCGAAAAACAAAGAUGGCAGCUCCGGGGGUUUUCACCAGGAGUAUAUCGCGUCUUUGCGUUAUCGGAAUGACCUUCCUCCUCCUGAUAUGCCUCCGAAGUUCCUUGAUAUUCCACACGACGGAUUAGAGCGUUUUCUUACGCCAGGGUUUGCCUCUAACUUGGCACGUCGUGAAGAACCAAACAUUGAUGUCGAUGCUGAGGGCGGUAUGCCCAUUGACCUGGUUGGCAUCCCAGGCUUGCACUUAGGCGACGAGAGUGCGAUCAUGGCACCUGAAAAUCCGGACCCAAUUGACCCUGCCGACCUGCCCCUUUUGAUGACUUUAGACCAGCUGAAGAACCCAGCACCCCGGAAUACGAACGUCAGCUUUCUCCGUCGCACACAGUACAUUUCGGCCGGGCUUCGAGCACCGGAAGGUCCUAAAGUCACACCCAUGCGAUCGAAAUCUCGUCCGGCUGAAAAGGCGAAGUCCCUGGACGACCCUGCUUACAUCAAGAAAUACAUACAAAAGGGAUUUGAUAUUGCGUACCCCGAUAGCAAGCACGUCGGGGAAGACACACCGAGUCAAAUCAAAGGGCACAUGCCAACUAAACUUGAAGUUGAUGCAUGGGCCACUCCUGUGCAUCCGGACAACCCUAAACUGAAACCCGUCGGCUUUUACCCUCUCAUGCCCGAUCUCCAAGGAUUCCCAGACCCUGGUGGUUUCGUCCAAUUCAAGUUUGACAAAGCACCUAUCCAAGAUGUCUCUGGCAAGCGAGAUAGGCGCAUGGACACCGGUAUUCUGCUCCCCUCCGCGCCAGAGGAGCGCGUAUGUGAGGAACAUGCGACGAAAGUGGCUCUGCACAAGACGAACCCCAAGCUGUACCCUGAUCCUGGCCCAAUUCCCUGGGAUUAUGAUCUCUUCCUCCCUGAGAAGAAGGACUCUAUCAAGAAAGUCCUCGCAAGCAUGCAGAUAUAUAACCCCGACCGCGACAAUGAGGAGCUUUACACCCACGAAGGUCCUGAUAACUCCAAAUUCCACCGUUUCGAUCGCAUGCGUACCUUUGCUACCAGCGCUCAGACGCUUGGCGGUGAUAACAAGCAGAAAGAUAUUGCGGUGACACUUUUCAAUCCGUCGGAGGCGAAGGAAGAUUACCUGUCCUCGAAGCAGAAGGCUGCAUACUAUUACCCCAUUCUCGGGAAGACUCGCCUGAAGCCCGAGAGAGCCCGUACUAUUGCACAGGCAGGCCUUGCUCCUACCCGCCCUAAGACGAAGGAAGACCAGGUGGAUCAAAUACAAGUUGUCGUUCGCGAUCCAGAUGAAGCGGAAGUAUACAAGCGCUCUAUGCAUAGGGCAGCCAUUGAUCCAAAGUUCGCAAAGACCAUGCCCCCUGCACCAGAGGGCGCUAACGAUGAGCACGAGUCACCUGAAGAGGGUGACAAGGAGGCUGUCUCCAGAGACCGUGAGCAGAGUGUCGAAGAGGCGGAUAGGAUGAGUGACGAGUAA